UUGUGUGUAUGUGUGUCUGCUGAGUUGGGCGUCAGUUGAGUGUAAGGAACCUCUGGGGAAGAUAACUCACCGCUCAGACGUUCUUCCAGAGGGAGAAUACUCCAAAGCGAUGUUUCUUUCAGACUCUGACAAUGAAUUGGGACCACUCUCCUCAGAGGUGGACUCUGAGAGCGAGUAUAGCGACUGCAGUCUCGACAAGGACUACAUUCCAAGUGGUAAUGCCCGGGGAUCAAAUAAGGAAGACAUCACUGACGAAUCCAGUUCGGAUGACGACUUGUAUGUAAGGCCAAAGAAGCGAAGGGCUUCAAAGAGGCGAUGCUCCUCUGUAUCAACAGUAUCAUCACCGCUGAAAUCUACAUCUAACAAAUGGGAGCAGAGUCCCCUUCGUAAGAGGCUCCGCUAUGCAUCUACGCCCAAAAAAGACUCCUCCUCCUCUGGCCCCAAGACUCGCAAGACACCUUCCACACCACAUAAGACUACUCCAAAAAGAAAGCAGCAAGCAGAAAGUCAGCAAGUGGAAGCAAAUAAGGGUGAAACAGACGAUGGAGACAAGUGGCGCAGUGUUGAAGAAGAAGACAUUGAGCCUCCUCAGCCGCGGUUCAGACCCGGGAGAUGUGCUGGGCCGCAGCUGAACAGAACAGCGCAUUACACACCACUUGAACUGUUCCAGUUGUUCUUUUCUGCCACCGUCAUUGAUACCUUGGUGAAAAACACAAACACCUAUGGAAAAAUCAAACACCAAGCCCAAAAGGAAAAGUGGGUUCCAGUCACAGCAGCAGACAUGUACUCCUUCAUCUGCCUUGUCCUCUACAUGGGUCUUGUACCGCUGAAAACUCUGAAGGAGUUCUGGAGAGGUUCUGAGCUCUUUCGCCUGCCAUUUCCUGCCUCUGUCAUGCCUUGCAGACGCUUCCUAGCCAUUUCCCGCAGUCUACACAUGAAUGACCCUGCUGUGGAAGCGGCCAAUGACCAGAAGAAGGGGACCCCCGGGUUUGACAAACUGUGCAAGAUAAAGCCACUAUAUGAGCAGAUUUUGGAGGCCUGCUGCACAUUCUUUCACCCCCACCAGCAUAUCUCUAUAGAUGAACGGAUGGUGGCGAGCAAAGCGAGGAUCGGGUUAAAGCAGUACAUCAGAAACAAGCCGACCAAAUGGGGCUUUAAGCUUUUUGUGCUGGCAGACUCAGUGUGCGGCUACACCAUUAACUUUUUUGUGUAUGGUGGAAGAGAGAGUGAACCAACUGGGAAGGGUGCAGGCUACGAUGCUGUUAUGAGACUCCUGGACAUCCCAUUUCUCGGUAAAGGUUACAAGCUCUACGUGGAUAACUAUUACACUAGUCCUACUUUAUUCCUUGAUCUCCUCAAGAGAAAAAUCUGGGCGUGUGGCACAGUUCGUUCAAAUGCCAAUGGUUUUCCCAAAACCAAGCGGGAUAACGUGCCAGAAAAAACACCAAGGGGAACAAUUAAAUGGAUCAGAAAGGGCGAGUUGUUGUUUGUUAGGUGGUUUGACACCCGGGAGGUAACGAUGUGUUCCUCUAUACAUAAAGCGUACAACCACGAUGUAGCAAAACGCAAAGUAAAAAACUCAGAUGGACAGUGGACGGUGAACAACGUGCCUAUUCCGGGCUGCAUCAAAGAUUACAAUCGUUACAUGGGGGGUGUUGACUUGUCAGACGCGCUGAUCGGCUACUACAACGUCCUUCAUAAAACCCAAAAGUGGUACAAGACUCUAUUUUACCACUUUGUGGACAUAGCCACAGUGAACGCCUUCAUCCUUCACAAGGAAAUGUGCAAGCUGCAGAGCCGGCCUAUGCUCACGCAGAAAAGGUUCCGGGAGCAGCUCAUUUUGUCACUGGCUGAGAUCGGUUCUGGACCAAACCGCGCGCCUCCUCACAGUUACAUGUUGCCUCCCUCUCCUUUUAAACUGACUAUUAUUUCUUCAUGUAAAGUCCCCCCUGCUUCUCCAUCCCCAGUGCUUCCUGUCUCCCCAUCCAAAGUGGGCCAGUGCUCCUCAACCGAUGCGCCGCUUACCUCCUGCCCUCCUGCACCCUGCGUUAACUCAUCCCCUGGCUCAUCUGCUCCUCUGUCCGCCGACGCCCCACCUGCUAAAGCCUCAUAUUCUCUGGGGUUAGGUCAUCUGCCCGCGUACUUUGCUGCGAAAAUGAGCAACGUGGCUUCGAGGAAUCGAGCCACUACUGGCAGGAGAGUGUGUGUGGUCUGCAAAAAGAAGUCUCCAAUCUAUUGCAGCACCUGCCACAAAACACUGUGCCUCACUUCUUUAAGAAAUUGCUACUCCGAGUGGCACCGGAGCAAUAACAUCUGUGUAGCCCAUCAUCAACUUUGCUCCAGCCAAGCUGAGGAGGAGAUUUUGAACACUUCCACUCACCAGCUGUAGUAAGUUUUCUGCAGCACAGUGACACUGAGUAAAAAUGAACAUAGUACUCUUCAGGAGUAGGUGCUGGACAAUUUUAUUCACAAAUCUUAUCCCAAAAAUCACAUCUAUUCACACAGAUCCACAGAACCUUUUGGACUGAAAAGCGGACUGCCAUCUGAACCAUUACGAGAGCCACCCAGACUUAGUUGGGGAUGAGUAGGUCUCAUUUCUGUCUAGCUCUACCUAAAAAAUGAAUACAGGUUCUCAUUUCAUUUUUAAAAAAAUACAAGAUCUUUUCCUAAAAUCCCUGACACUUGAAAUGACUUUAUUACCAUCCCAGAUUUCAGGAAUGUCCUUUGUGUGAUUUACAGCAGAGGAAGCUCUACAUCAAAGGAGUAACGGGACUGACACUUGAAUAUAACAUAUGAUGCAGAAGAGUUUACUUAGUCUGCCAAUGAAUGUGUUCAAAUCAGUUUUGAUAUUUAGAAGAUAACUGAAAGUUCAAUUUGUUGUUUUUGGUGUUGUUGUUUGCAUGGUAGAUCCUUUUUUUGAACAUUUCAGUUAUUUUGGCUGGAUUCUGCUCCUUCAGCUUGAGCUCCAGCAUAACGUGGACCAACUUGAUACACCAGCAUAAACUGCAUGCAGGCAGCUAUAAGAAAUCCAUAUAGGGUAUUUUGAUAACAAAAUGCUUAUCAAAGAACUUAUCCUUUCCUUCACUAUGUACCAACUUGCAUUACUGCAAACUUUGUACAUUAACAGCACACUGAAGAUGCUCAUGGACUAGUUUCCUACUUGAUCUAGAAUUUACAAUUGUUUAUGCAUAUGUAAGAAGCUCUGUGUUUGCUGAAUUAUUGAAGCUUUAUGUGUCGCAAGAUGAAAAGAAGCGACCUUAGAGUCUCAUUUUAAUGUCCUUAUUUUUGGAAAAGAUAUCGCACGCUGUCAUCUGUGCCUUAUAUGAAGUCAUUUCCAGUGUUAGUAUCUAAACUGGUACAGACUACCCAAGUAGCUGUGAACGAGUACUUUAUGUAAUUUCCAUGUUGUUUAUCGUUAACUAGACCUCUUUUGUCUUUUAAGAGUGCACUCUAUUUGCAUGUGGGAUGUAGUAGGAAUUUAGAUGUGUUUUUCUACGUGUUUUCUUUUUUAAAUAAAA